CUCGGUUUCCUCCCCCGCGCCUCGGUUUUCCACCAUUUUGUGCUGCGGCUUUUCCGCGUUGUUUUUAUCCCGCCUCGCCCUGCGAGCGCGACUCGAAACGACGGCCUAUGGCGGAGAGUCAAUCAGCGGCCGGGCAGGGAGAGUCUGCGUCCCUGUGUGGCCCCGGGUUUCCCGGUUCGGAGUCCGAAAACCGGCGACGGCCGCUGAGCGAGCUGCGCGUGAUAGACCUGCGGGCCGAGCUCAAGCACCGCAAUUUGGACAGCGGCGGCAACAAGAGCGUCCUCAUGGAGCGGCUCAGGAGGGCUAUUGAGGAGGAAGGAGGGAAUCCUGAUGAAAUUCCAGUGGUUUCAGAAAGCAUCAUGAAGAAAACUCCAAAAAGAAGCAGCAAAGGACGUAGACCAGAGGAAGAGGGAGUAGAAGACAAUGGCCUGGAAGAGGACUCGGGAGAUGGACAGGACGAUAUUGAAGCAAGUUUGGAUAACUUGCAGGAUAUUGACAUGAUGGAUAUUAGUGUGUUAGAUGAAGCUGAAAUAGAUAAUGGCAAUGUGGUAGAUUGCGGAGAGGAUUACAGUGCUCAUAAUAUUCUUGACUCGCUGUCUGAUAGUAAAGAAAAUGCUGAUGCAGAAGUGAAAGAAUUUCCAGAUCAGCCUGCACAGUAUGCUGUAGGUAACUUGGAGGCAUCCCCACAAUUUUCAGAAAUUAAAGAAGAAUCAAGAGAAAUACCAAUAGUGAUGGUAGAGUUUGAAGAUGUUGGAAACAGUUUAGAUGCUCCUUCAUCAAAUUUAACCGUAAUAAAGGAACUUGAAGAGUUACCUUUGGAGCCAGAAAAUGAGAAAAUACUCGACAUUUUGGGGGAAACUUGUAAAUCUGAAGUACUUAACGAAGAAACUUCCGAAGUGGAGCGGCCACAUGCACAGGAAGCAAGUAUCGUGGUGCCAGGCAAGAGGCUGGCGGAGGAAGAGGACGCUCUUGCUGCCGCUCAGUUGGAGGAAGAUGCUUUAGAUUUGGACAGCAAAUCGGCACAAGCUAUGGCAAGGAAGGAAGCAAAGCGUUUAGUUGUAGCAAAAGGGGAGACAUGUGAACAGACACUAGAGGAAGAGAAGCCGGACUCUGAAUCUUUAGUAGUAGAAACCCUAAGCGAUCAGAGUAGCAAACGCUCCCAAGGCCUGGAAGCCUCUAGUGGGGAAACAGCGGCAAAAGGCGCAGGUCCCGAAGCCAAAGAUAGCAAAGAAGAUGCCAAGAGAACAGAAGACAAAGCUAAUUCUGAGGAAUCCCCUGCUACUAAAGAGUCCUCAGCCAGUGAGGGCGGUGAUCAGAAAAAGAGCCCUGUUGAGGAGAACAGAGAUAGAAAGAUAAUCUCAAAGGAUGAGAAAGGCCGUGUGGGUAGCGGUUCUGGCAGAAAUUUGUGGGUUAGUGGACUUUCAUCCUCUACUAGAGCUACAGAUUUGAAGAAUCUUUUCAGCAAGUAUGGAAAGGUGGUGGGUGCAAAAGUAGUCACCAACGCUCGCAGUCCUGGUGCUCGCUGCUACGGCUUUGUAACAAUGUCAACAUCUGAGGAGGCCACUAAGUGUAUUAAUCAUCUCCACAGAACAGAGCUGCAUGGCAAAAUGAUUUCUGUGGAAAAGGCAAAAAAUGAACCAGCUGGAAAAAAGCCUUCAGACAAAAAGGAAGGCGAAACAAGGAAGGAAAAAGACAGGCACCAUUCUGCAGAGUCCAAAUCUGAGAAGUCAUUUGGUAUUAAGAAGGAGGAGAAGACUGACAAAAAAGAUGAUGCUAAGAAAUCAGAAAAAGAUGAAAAAGAAGGAAAAGAGAAAGAGGAACAAAAGACUGCAUCUUCUGAUAGAUCUAGGGCAAACAAAUCGGCGAGUCGAGGAACCGAAAGGACAGUGGUAAUGGAUAAAUCUAAAGGAGAGCCAGUUAUUAGCGUGAAAACCUCUGCAUCCAAAGAGAGGAGUACAAAAAGCCAGGAUCGCAAAUCUGAGAGCAAAGAAAAGCAAGAUAUUUUAUCGUUUGAUAAAAUCAAAGAACAGCGAGAACGUGAACGUCAGAGACAGAGGGAGCGAGAAAUCAGGGAAACAGAAAGACGCCGAGAGAGAGAGAGGCGAGAUCGAGAGCAACGUCUUCAAGCUAUUCAUGAACGGGAUGAAAGACAGAGGCUCCAGAGAGAGCGAGAACGACUGGAAUUUCAAAGGCAGCGUCUUGACAGAGAGCGCUUGGAGAGAGAGAGGUUGGAGAGAGAAAGAAUGCACAUAGAGCAGGAAAGGAGACGAGAACAGGAGCGAAUCCAGAGAGAGAGGGAAGAGCUGCGACGUCAGCAGGAGCAGCUACGUUACGAACAGGAAAGACGAUCUGCCAUGAGAAGGCCUUAUGAUCCUGAUGGCAGGCGAGAUGACCCGUACUGGCCAGAGGCGAAGCGAAUGGCAAUAGAGGAUAGGUAUCAUUCUGAAUUUAGUCGUCCAGACCGAUUCCACGACUUUGACCACAGGGAUCGUGGACGAUACCAAGACCAUUGUUUGGACAGAAGAGACUGUACAAGAGGAAUACCAGAUCGAGAUGGGCAGGGUGGUAGCCACAGAUACGGGCAGGGGGAAACCUCCGAGCGAUGGGAGCUACGGUACAGCAUCCUUUCAGGCUGCAUUAUCCAGAUGAACGCCAUGGAGGGCCUGAUCGUCACUCCCGGGAUAGUUGGGGUGGCUAUGGGUCUGACAGAAGAAUGAGUGAAGGGAGAGGGAUACCCCCACAAACCCGGUUAGUGCUUGUGAAAUAAGGAAAGGGAUUGUAGUUAAAAUUUUAGAGCUCAGUGAACCUUUGAAAGAUGACAGCGGAAGCAGUUUGACAAGUGCGAAUCCUUUCUCCAGGAAGUUUCUUUGAGCAUCUGGAGGAGCAAGAAAUUCAUAUGUGUAGCUCCCACAUGCAUCAGGAGAACGGAGCAUUGUAGUGAAUAAAUGCUGCUCAGUUAGCUUGUAACUGUGGUUGUCUUGUAAAUAACUUUCACGUCUACAGGUGAGAUUCAGUCACAUACCAGAUGCUCCAGUAAGGCCUGAAAAAGUCUCAUUUAUGGCUAGUGGUCAGGUUUUAAGGAAGUUGAGUGAGUGUUUCUGCAACGGUGGGGGUGGAGGACUGACUCAUGUAGAAUCACAGUGGUUUCUCUUUAAACCCGUUAGUCGAGCUGGGCAUAUUCCAGAAGCAUAAUGUUCAGUUCUAUCUCAAUACACCAGACAGAGGAAUGGCAGCCAAUGAAUUGUUCCAUAUGUAAGUUCUCAGUCCAUUGUAAUAUCAGUGAUGUCGCUGUAGAUCAGAAAGACGAGUUUUGUUGUGUGAAGGAUGCUGUUCAGCAAGUUUCUCGUUGUUUCACUUUCACUAGUUUUUAUUGCAAUGAUUGGGUGGGUAUAGCUACAGCUUGAUUAACCGUUUAACGCACUUUUGUAUGGGGUAUGGUGUUUGGCUUUACCCUCUGCUGCUAAAUGGAUAGGGGACAUACCUAGAAGAUGUUCUUUUAUUUUUUUAAGAGAUGGACGUGACUGGGGAGAUCAUGGUCGAAAGUUAGAGGGGCACCAAGAUCGUACAUGGCAGGGAAAUGUGGAUGGAGGAAUGAUGGGACGGGAUCAUGAGAGAUGGCAAGGUACACUUGCUGCUUACCAGUGUGAUCGUG